CUGAAAAAAUUUAUGGACAAGAAAUUAUCAUUGAAAUUAAAUGGUGGCAGACAUGUCCAAGGAAUAUUGCGAGGGUUCGAUCCGUUCAUGAAUCUUGUGAUAGAUGAAUGUGUGGAGAUGGCAACUGGCGGGCAACAGAACAAUAUUGGAAUGGUGGUAAUACGAGGAAAUAGCAUCAUCAUGCUAGAAGCCUUGGAACGAGUAUAAACAAUGGACGUGUUCAUCAGAAGAAGAAAACUGCUUCCACGUGUCCCCUGUCCAUAGUACCUGUUUUACUACAAUAUAAAAAUCAAAAAAAAAAAAAUCAGGUCACCCGCAUUUUCAUAUUGAACUUUUUUGUUAAAUAAACUUUUAUAAUAGUCAAAAAACAAAAAAAAGAA